GCAGCUCCCUGCCAAAUGGUGCUGGCUCCCCUGAGGAAGCCAGGAGGGCGGGCUGGCUGGCCUCAGGACUCCAGCCUGGUGGUGGACGUCAGUGGGGAAGUGGGAGUCACACCUGGGCUGCUGAGUGGAGGCUCCCGUGCUUGGCAGGGCACAGGCCGGUCACUCUGGACUCUGCUCGGUGGUGAGCUGAGCCCCACCUGCAGACCUGCUCCUCACCUGGGCAGGGGCCUGCUCCUCCGCCCAGCCGCCUACAGCCGCCUGCAGAGAGGUCCUGGGUGCGCUCGCCUGCUGCUGCCGCGGGGACGGCUGUCUCGCCCUCGCCUGCUGCUGCCGCGGGGACGGCUGUCUCCAACCAUGGCCGUGCAGGUGUCCCUGUGGCACCACUUCCUGCACGCCGUCCGGUCGCGGGAGGCGCCCCGAGCCCAGGACUAUCAGCGAGCGGAGAACGAGGUGCUGGCCCUGCUGGAGCGGGUGCACGCCCUGGACCCCCGCUUCCUCGUGGACUACUCCCGAGACCUGGGGGCCUUCCAGUUCUCCCUGCGCUCCUCGGAGGACCCGCUGGACGUGGAGGUGCCCCUGUGGGUGGACGCCGAGGCCCUCUUGAUUGAGGAGCUGGAGGCCCCAGAGCCAGAGGACAGCCCUGCCCUCUGCCACCUGGGCGUCCCCAGGGAAGCGGCCGGCCUGGAGCAGUGGAAGACGGAGGACGUCUUCAGCACCUGUGUGGACCAGAGCAACGGCCAGUGCUGUGGCCACAUCGUGCCUGGCAAGGUCCUGCGUGUCCUCAAGGACCUGCUGGUGGCCGCCAUCGUGUACUGCAGGCACCACCGCCUCAUCCCGCCAGGUUCAUUGAACGCGGCCAGUCUGAGGGAGGAGCAGCUCCGCCUGUCCCUGCUGGUGUCCAGCGGCUGGAGGAAGAUCCGCUUCAACAUUGUGCCUGUAGUGAGGAGGAAGCAAGGUGCGCCCACCCUGGAGUGGACCCAGUUGAUGCCUGGAUUCCCUGAGGACACCUUGAGAAGAAUUGUGGGCCAUGGGGUGGACCUGGUGCCCGCCAGCACCCAACACUGGAGGACCUCCAGUGGCUACCCCCUCACCCAGCUGCUGGGUGUGCUGGGCUCUCUCCGAGGCCACCGCCUGGACAGCCUCUCCAUUCUGGACAGGGUGAACCAUGAGAGCUGGCGGGACGGCGGCCAGAGCCCUGGCCUGAACUUUGACCACCUGAAGGUGGCGCUGCUGUGGGCCUCCGCGCUCUUCCCGACGCCCGAGGACUGGGCGGAGCUGCAGGGCGCCGUCUACCGGGUCCUGGUGGUGCUGCUCUGCUGCCUGGCCACGCGGAACCUGCCGCACCCGCUGCAGCCGCGGCACAACCUGCUGCGGAGCUGCGGCCUGGACCUCAGCGCCGUCUACCAGCGCGUGGAGAGCUUCGCCCGCCGGCCCGAGGCCUCCCUGCGCAUCCACGCCACGCACCUGGGCCGCAGCGCCCCUCCGCGCGUGGACACCGGGGUCAAGGCCCUCCUGCAGCUGCCGGCCAGUGACCCCACCUACUGGACCACUGCCUACUUCGACGUCUUGCUGGACAAGUUCCAGGUCUUCAACAUCCAGGAUCGGCACCGCGUCUUGGCCAUGCAGAGCGUCUUCCAGAAGACCAAGGCCCUGCGCCGUGAGGAGAGCUGAGCUGGGCCCCGGGCUCUGCUGCCCACAGAGGCUCCUGGGACGUGGAGAGGGGUGGGAGAGGGGUGGGCUCUCCUUGAGGGGGCGGUGGAGGGACUGUGCUCCUGGGAGCCCUCAGACUGUCCGGGGGCAGCUGCGAGAGUGUGUGCUGGGUGGCACCGUGUCCCAGGCCUCAUGGACACAUGCUGAUCCACCCCAGGUGGCCCCGUCAGGAGGACUGAGUACCUGGGGCAGAGCAGAGACCUCCCCAUGUCUGCAUCAAAAUGCUGCCCAGAUCGUGGGCAAAACAACACACACACAUGCAGCGGGAGGGUGCCAGGGCCCGAGCUCUGAGUGGAAGUAUGGGAGCCCAGAAUAGAGGAGACUGGCACGCAGA